GGUGUUGUUUAAAUUAGAGCGUGAAGAUUGUCCAAUGGGUAUCUUGUAUGAGGCCAUGGAUUGUGCUAAAUAAGAGAUGAUGCGCCAUGUUGGAGAUAAGCAUGGUGAUAUUUUGUCUUGGGUUGACAAGAUAUGGGAUAUUUACUUGCAUUCCCCACUGCAUGCUGCUGGUUACAUGCUAAACCCCAGGGUAUUUUACAAAGACCAUGCAUGUGAUGAUCCUGAGGUCAUCAGCGGUAUUGAGGCCUGCAUCACCCAAAUGGCCAAUGGUAAUUAUGAUCCAAAGAAAGUCAAAGCACAAACUGAAGUAUAUAGAAGAAAGUUGGGUUCUUUGGGUUCAGAUUCAUCAGCAAUUAAGGAAAUGAUGGAAUUACCACAAGUUUGUUGGUGGUCGGUGCAUGGGACUGACACACCUGAGCUGCAAACCCUUGCGACUCGGAUCUUAAGCCAAACAUGCUUUGGCGCUAAAAGGCACAACAUCAACUGGCACGUAUCUGAGAAGGUGCACGAGGCGAAGGCAUUUCAUAACCAGGACCUGUACCGCGGGCUGGAGUACGUCCACUACAAUAUGCGUCUCGCCGGUGCUAAACCACUCAUAGGAGGUCUUUCUGGGGAUCAGGUCGGUAAACCUGCCAGUCCGCUGGAUGAUUGGAUCUAGAGUCCGCGGCAUUGCCAUUGAUGGCUCACCGUCCAGACUCUGGAGCAAUGGGUUGAUCUCUCCCAGAAGCGCUCGCGCUCUCAUUUCCAAUCUGGCAUUCUGGUGUGAUUCUGAUUGUGCCUCAUCGGACUCUUGCAGUUUUCUUUCUUGAACAAUCAUCGUAGCCAGGUGGACCGAACUAUUUUCCAUAGAAACGAUUGUGGUUAGUUGUGUUGUAAUAGAAAAAAUAUCGGUGGCAUUCAGCCAUCAGAACCAUCACAGAUGACAUGGAGAUACAUCACUGUAACCCCGGUGUCGAUGUUACCUAUAUUUUCCUUAUUUCUUAA